AAGAAAGUUGGCCAUGCCAUGAAGCCCGUGACUUUAGUACUGAGGAAACACUGCCACUGGCAUCGCACGCCCCAGGAGUGAGUUCACGCCCUCCACAGCGUUUCUCCUCCAUCGAUCGAUCGACUUGUCCAGCUUCUUUCUCUCUUCUAUCGAUUCUUUCUCGAGGAGGAUAAUGCUAGCAAUCAAUGAGCAGUGGCUCUUCUCUGAUGAUUUGGAGUGGAUGGAGCAGUGGAUUCUCGUCGAUCGCGGCGUUGGGCGUGUCGGUCCAUCUAGUGGCUUGCAUCGCGAGCUUGAUGCUGGGGAUGGAGCUCUCCUUGAUCCUCUUCUCUUCUUCCAGCGAUUACCACCGCGCCAAUCGUGGUCAACCCCUGUUGCUAGAGUCCACGAUAGCUAGCCAUGGAGCCGGAGGAGCUCCAAGAAUGGCUAUGAGCGCGGCCGGUCCACCCAAGACGAUGGCGAGCUCCUCCCCCUCGAGUUGCGUCCAUCCGGGUCGCCACCCGAUCAUCGUCCGCCCCUGGCCUCACCCAAAUCCGCGCGAGCUUGCCGCCGCACAGGCGAUCAUGGAUCGCGUCCAGCUCGAGCAGAGAAGGGCGUUUGAGGAGGAAGAGCUCAUGAACAAGAAGCAAGAGGUGAUCGUGGUGACCACGCUGGGAGAUUGCAAAGUUGGCCAGCAGCGAGAGCGAAGAAUGCAAGUGUUGCUCAGAUUGGGGGCCAUGGCAAACACUCUGGCUUGCGCGGCCUCGCGGGCCUCCAUCUCGUGGAUCGUCAUGGAAUGCUCCAAUUUCACGAAUGAUCACCAAAGAGACACCACGAGAGAGGUUCUCUCGAGGAGCCGCGCUACAAAGUUUGCGCUGCUGGAGCCGCGGAUGGAUGAUCUGGCUUCUUCCAUGGCGUUGUCGAGAAGGAUCCAAAGUCUCAGUUUCAUACGAGAAAAUAAGAUGGAAGGCAUCAUCGUCUUCAUCGACGAGCACAGCACCGCCAGCCUCCAUCUCUUUGACGAACUCCAAAAGGUGGCGAGGGUAGCGGCAUUCCCAGCAGGUCUCGCAAGGACCUCACCACCUUUACAUGGAGUUUUCACUCAAAGAACAACCUUUGGCUCUGCGGGGAAGCUAGUCAACGGCUGGGAGCUUUCGUCCAAUUCCUCCAACACCAGCAUUGUUCAAAGUGUCCCCGCUCACGAGUGGACUGGAUUGGCAUUCAAUUCCAAGAUGCUGUGGUCGGAGGAACGAUUUUCGUGGGCUCGAGUUUGGGACGAGUGGAUCAUGCUCUAUCCAAAUUCUACGGUUUUUGGAGAGCUCUAUGGGCUCAUUAGAGACAUCAAAAUCGUAGAGGUGUUGGGGAGCGACGAGGUUUUGCUAUGGAAUCAGAGAUCCAUUUAAAGGUUUCUCGAUAUUCGAUGUGGAGAAACUUUGGAAUUAUUGCUAUCUUCAUGCAAGAGGCACCGGGAUCGAUACCCGACAUCUCCAUUUCUUAUUUUUCUAGCUUUUGCAA